ACGAUGCAGCCGUGGCAUUGCGUGGUACCGCACAGCCUUGCAUGGCGUGGUAUGGCAUUAAGUGGCGCUGCACGGCAGGGCAGGGCACGGCACGGCAGCGCACACCGCGCCGUGGCACGUUGUGGCCUGGCUCAGUGUCGCAUGAGGCGGCUUGUCACGACACGGCAGCCGCGUCGCCGCACGCACCCACCGCGGCGGCCGCGACCACAGCAGGGGACGCGUUGUCACCGCCCCCUGCCCCCGCAGCCAAUAGCGGAGCCAAAGCCGGCGCUUGGCUCUCUCCAUUGGUCGGUUUGAAGAAGGCGGUGGCCAAUAAAGGCGCGGGGGCCGGUGGGAGCGUCAGUUGCGGUGCCGCGGCUGGGAUCGAGCGUCCGGGAGCGUCGGAGCUGGGUCUGAGUCUGAGGGGUCCCGGUGCUGGGGGGCGCGGGCGGCCUGGGGGCCUCUGGGGGCGGAGGAGAGCGGAGCUGUGAGACCCUGCGACGCGGGGGUGCUGCGACCUGCGGACCCUCAGGGGCGGGAGCAAGAAAGGUGAUAUGGAGUGUGCAGUAAAAGGUCCCAAGAGCAUGGCAGGCAAGGAGCUAAAUCCACACAGCACCCUGGAUUCCCUCUUCAGAAGCCCUCAAAUACAUCCCAGGGAGCAGGAAGGCUGCAGACAGCAAACAUCAUGACUCUUCCUGCUUCCAUGCAGACCAGUGGCAAGCUGUCACCUUCAGCCCCUGGUCAGCUAAACCCAGAAGGGAGCCAGAAGCCUGCACAGGAGACUGUCACUGCUGCAGCAGCUCAGGUGGGAAGUGACCACCCUCCUCCUGGAGCAUUCUCUGAGUAAGGGGCUGCAGGACAGGCUGGUCUGGCACAACCUCGACCCACGAGCUUCCACAUCCCUGCAGCAGUUGAGAACUGUUCAAUCUGCUGCAGACAGUCUCAGGAAGGCAGGAGUCUCGGCCCACAGGCAAAAUUCAUCUGUAACAUCAAGCCCGUUCUGGGUUCAAAAGGCAGAAUUGGGAACCAGCAACCUCAGGAAGAGCCAGAUGUGGAUAAAUUCAGGAAAACCCUGGCUUUACAAAAUACAAGUAUUGGAAAUGGACCAUUGCAGCUCUCUAGAUGCCUUUCUGCUUCUACUAAGACAACUAUGGUGAGGCAACCUGGCACAGCUCCAGGGGGAAGCCUUAAGCACCACAGGCAACCUCCCCCAGUGAGAAGAUUUCCUAGCAAGCCUCCCACUUUGGGCAACCCCCAGGGGACUACAAAUAAAACCAGCCUGAACCCAGGUGUCACUUUGCCAUGGCCAAGGCCCACAGUUAAAGAGGGCGUGGACAGGAAAGUGGUGCUUCCUGGACACAUAGAAGAAGGCCAAGGGACAGGUCACUCAAACCAGUCCUGCAGCUGGCUGCACAGCUCCAGCACUCAUAUAGUUGAGGAUGGUUUGAGGAUAGACCAGCCUAAACCAGAAGAGCAGAAGGCAAGUGGCAUGCAGGCUGGGACCCCACCAGCUCCAGAUCGUAGGAAACAGCUGGAGGAGUGGUUGAUAUCCAAAGGCAGGAAAUACAAGCGGCCACCAAUGUCACAGCUUCGAAAGCAGGACGUGAUGCCAUCCUCUAGAAAGAUCAAAGCAAAAGAGAAUCAAGAGAAUCCAGAGCAGCACUGCCAAGCAACAAGCAACAGCAUAUUACCUGAGUGCCUGAAGCUCGUUGAGGAGGGUGUCCAUGCGGAGGAGCUCUGGGCAGUGCUGUCCCUUGUGCCCCAGGCAGAGAAAUUUGCCAGAUUCUGGAUCUGCCAAGCAAAGCUGCUGGCCCGGAGUGGCCCCUUUGAUGUGUUGCAGCUGUACAGAGAAGCAGUCAUUGCUGGGGCUGAGCCAGUCGAGGAGCUCAGGGAAACUGUUCUCAGGACCUUGAAGGACGCAGGCCACACACUGGAAGGAGAAGAGGCAGAGGAACCCAUUCCUCAGGAGCCUAGGAAGUGUGGUCCAGGUGAGAGACAGCCCACAGCGUCGACUCCAGGCCUGGCAGGGAGGCCCAUGACCUCCCUUCCCCUCUCAGUCAAGUUGCAGGUUACACCUGCAUCCAGAGCAAGGGACUUCCUGGAAGGCCCAGAAGUGAAAUUUCUGACACCUGUGCGGCGCUCACUACGCAUUGAGAGGGCUGGGAGUCACUACCCACAGUGGCUGAAGGACCAUGACCCUGUGGUGUCGUCCCUCAGUGAAAUCCUGGAUGCUGAGGAGGACACUUGUUUCCUUUUCCGGAGAAACAUGGCUUUGCCAGAAGUGACAGAGCUGGGGGGUUUGAGUUCAUAUCCCCUCUAGAGGUCCUGAGGGGUUCCCAGCAGGGACAGGCUGCCUGCCCACCAUGCUGCCUGGUACUCACUCGCCUGACUGCUCUUGCUCCCCUCAGAUGGAGAGGGGAGGGGGUGGCACCCAAGAAGCUUGUUUGAAAUAUCAAAAAUCUGUUUUAAGUUCUGCUUUUUGUUUUAAAUAUCUAAAAUCUGUUUUUAA